AUGCCAGAAUCAAUACAUUCAGUAGCUUCAGAGACUGUUCACGAUCAUAAUAAACACAUUAUUCGGCCCCCAAAGUUCACAAGUAGAACAAUCAAGAAUUACCUCAAGACAAGAUUUACUUCGUUAUGGGUUGGCUGGGAUGAAUUAAAAAAGUACAGCUGGUACGAAUUUAUCAAUCCAUUCCAGCCAUUGGUUGAAAUGAAUUUGCACCAAUGGAACUUCUUUUUCAUAGGGUUCUGGGCCUGGACGUGGGAUGCUUUUGAUUUCUUUGUUACCAGUCUAAACGUUACCAACAUUGCUGAGGACUUGAACGUCUCAACCAAAGACGUAACAUGGGGUAUCACUUUAGUUUUGAUGUUGAGAACUGUCGGUGCGUUAAUUUUUGGUGCUAUUGGUGAUACCUUUGGUAGAAAGUGGCCUUAUAUUAUCAACUUGGUAUUACUUAUGGCUCUUCAAGUUGGUUGUGGGUUUGUGCAAACAUUCAAGCAAUUUCUUGCAGUCAGAGCGUUAUUUGGUAUUGCUAUGGGUGGUAUAUUUGGUAUUUGUGCUGCUGAUGCUCUUGAGGAUGCACCGAAGAAGGCAAGGGGUAUUUUGUCAGGUAUAUUCCAGGGAGGUUAUGCAUUCGGAUAUUUGUUAGCUGUCUGCUUCCAAAGGGCAUUUGACGAGACCCCAAAUACUUGGAGGAACAUGUUCUACUUCUCUGCUGGUGUUCCUGUUAUCUUUAUUGCAUGGAGAUUCAUCAACCCAGAGACAAACACCUACCAACGUCAACAAGAGAGAAUAAAAAAGGAAGCUGCAACGAAGCAGUCGAAGCAUGUACAGUUUGUUGAGUUCGGUAGUCAAGCAAAAAAAGCCUUGAAGACAUAUUGGUUGAUUAUCAUCUACUUGGUAUUGAUGAUGGCCGGUUUCAACUUUUCCUCCCAUGGGUCACAAGAUUUGUAUCCAACAAUGUUGACUGAAACGUACCACUAUGGACACGACAAAUCCACUGUUGUCAAUGUUUGUGCCAAUUUGGGAGCCAUUGCUGGAGGUAUCAUCAUUGCUCACCUUUCAACAUUUAUUGGAAGACGUACAGCCAUUCUUAUUGGGAAUGUAUUUGCUGGAGCGUUCAUUUACCCAUGGGCGUUCAAACCAAUGUGGGUUACCGCAUUCUUUAUGCAGUUUGGUAUUCAAGGAUCUUGGGGAGUCGUGCCUAUUCACUUGACAGAGUUGUCACCACCACACUUCAAAACAAUUGUUACGGGUGUUGCCUACCAGUUGGGUAAUUUGGUUAGUUCGGCAAGUUCCACAAUCGAAGCUACAAUUAAUGAUACCCUUGACGAUUAUGGAAAAACCAUGGCAAUCUUUAUCGGUGCAGUCAUUGCGUACUUGAUGCUCAUUGUAUUUAUUGGCCCAGAGAAUAGGGGUGCAGAUUUGAGUAUUGCAAGAGAUGAUGAGAUGAGUGUGUACGAUGACGAGGACGAGGAUGAUAAAGACGGAGCUGCCUCCAAGGUUGAUGAUAAGGAAGGCGUGUUCUAUGAAAAGCCCACUGUUGUCCAUAAGGAGUGA